AUGACGACCAACAUGGAGCCAUCCACGCCGCAAACGUCUCUCGAUAUUUUGGCUCCACCUACGACUGGCGAUGAUGUCGCCCAGGCCUCCUCAUAUGACUCGACACUAGCUCAAGAGCUUAUGGAUCUGAGCCACAUCUGCAUCCAGGACAUCAAUCACCGGACUGUGUACGCAGAAGCGGACGUCCCGCCUUUCAUUGCGCCAGACUUCAAAGCCGUCAACUCGGGUCAUCCAGACAGUACGUCUUACCACGAGUAUCUCGAUCUGCAUCGCGAGUUUGCCGAGAUUCAUCCAGAGUAUCAAGUCAGAGUGAUCAACACGUCAAUUGAUAUGGAUGAGAGGAGUGGCCAUGCUAGUGUGUUCAUGCUAAUCGAGAUCCUUGGUCGGCCUGCGGAUACACGGCGAGGCGCGGUCGUUCUGUGGAAGUGGAGGAAGAGGUUUGGUCGGUGGUUGUUGUUCAAGCAGGCGGGUAUCAGGGGGAUGUGUGGUGUUCUGGAAGAUGGUUAUAUUCAGGGCAAACCUGUCACUCGGGAGCCGGACACAGAGCAGGUCCACAUGUGA